AUGGAACUGUUUCGUGGUCUGAUUUGGACUCUUUUCCAAGGUGAGAACUAGAGGUGUGGAAUAAGUCGGGCUUUCCACUGGGUGCAUUCUGCUGGGGAACGUGCAGGCUCAGGAAUCCCCAUCUUUCCUCCCCCCCUUCAUUCUUUUGGUCAAUGAUAAAAAUCUUGAAAUCAAGGCUUGCGCAGAAAUCUGCGGAGCAAGGAUAAAAUGCUUGCGCUUGAGCUUUCCACCCCAGAAGGAAGCAAUCAGAGAUACUUGCAUAAUGGGAAAAGUGAUUAGUAUGGGGAUUUAAAUGUUCGUUUGUUUAAUGCAUUUAUAUCCCACCUUUUUCUCCAAGGAGCUCAGUGUGGUGUAGAUGGUUCUCCCUCCCCCCAUUUAAUCAUCACAACAAGCUUAUGAGGCAAAAUGUGGUAGGCUAGGCUCAGAGGCAAUGACUGGUCCAAGGUCAUCCUGUGAGCUUCAUGGCUGAAAGGGAAUUUGAGCAUGAGAAUGGGCCAUUUCUGUGGUGGCUCCUCAUUUGUGGAAUGCUGUCCCUAGGGGCUUGUCUGGCACCCUCAUUGCAUAUAUUUAACCACCAGAAGAAAGUCUCUCCUAGGCCUUUGGCUAAUUAAUCCAUCUAUGACCUUUUAAACUGUGUGGACGCAUGGGUGGGUUGCUUUGUUUGUCACAUAACAUGUUAACAUGUUUUUAUGCUGUAAACUGCCCUGUUGUCCUCAGAUGAAGGGAGGUAUAUAAAUUUAAUAUACAGUGGUACCUUGGUGUUCGAACGUAAUCCGUUCUGAAAGACCGUUCAAGUUCCAGAAUGUUUGAAAACUGAAAUUUCAGUACGGAAGCCUCAAAACAGAAAACUCAAUAUGGAAGCCACAUUUCAUGUUCAACAUCUGAGGCCCUUUCAAAAACUGAAGCACUUACUUCCAGGUUUACGGUGUUUGAAAACCAAAACGUUUGUCAACAGAGACUUCGAAAACCGAGGUACCACUGUAUAAAAUCAUAAAAGAACAUAGUCUCCAGCUUAUUGUGUUCAGUCACAUCCACACCACUCUUAUACCACUUGAUGAGUUAUGGAGAAUGUCAUGAAAUGUGGUUUGUUAAGGGUGCUGACCUCACAUACCUACAAUUCCCAGCACCCUUAGCAAACUAUAGUUCCCAGGGUUCUCCAUGAGAAGAGUGUUAUAAAUGUGUGGUCGAUGUAACUGAAGCCUUAGCAAUAUUCAGGAUUGUUCCCCCUAAAGCAUAACCAUUAAAGCAACAGAUUUUGUGGCAAGCAAUAUGGCUCCAUCCAUUUUGGAACAGACGAUUUUGUGUGUAAUAGCUCUGAAUAUGCUUAACGUAUGAUUUGUUCUGAGUGAAAAGUAUUUCCUUUCUCUUUCUCUUUUUUGCAGUUUGUUGGACACUGGAUGGCCCUGAAACAGUCACUGCACCUCUUGGUGGCUCACUGUCUGUCCAGUGUAAAUAUGGAAAGGAGGAUAAAAAAUCUGUCAAAUACUGGUGCAAAGAAGAAGGUUUGACCCUCUGUUCUAGUAGCCACACCGUCCGUACAACUAGGAUGGAGGCAGAGGGGAUGAAUGACAGAAUGUCCAUUAAAGACAACCACACAUUCCAUAAAUUCACCGUAACCAUGGAAAACCUCACUAAUGAAGAUGCCGGGACCUAUAUCUGUGGGGUAGAGAGAGCCUAUAACAUCUGGCACCCAGUGGAAGUUAUCAUUACAGGUACACUUCCCCACCGCUGCAUUUACUCUUAUAGGGAGAGGGCCAUUGUGCCUACAAAAUAAGCUAAUGCACUCCAGCAGAGCCAUUCCUUCCAUGAGGCAGGGGGAGGCAUCUGCCUCAGGUUGCAGAUUCUGAGGGGCGGGAAGUGGCUAGAAAUGUGUGCCAGCUUCGUGCCCUGGGAUGCAGUGGAAGACACUGUUCCGUCACCAGGGCUACAAGUCUGGUCAGAUUUUGUGCAUAGAAUGUGGAAUGCUCCAUCUUGUCCUUCACCUCGGGCAGCAAAAUGGCUUGGGCCACUCCAGACUCUAGCUUCCUAAAGCUAGAAUUGUGUGAUGGUUUGAUACGGGUUGCACUCAGAACCUUGAGAAUGGCACCUUUCUUUUUAAAAGAGAGCAUGCUUCUGGCCCUUGAGGAUUAGCUUUGAAGGUGUGUGGGUAAUGGUGAUGACAUCUCAGAAGUGGGGAGAGUAGCAGACCUUGGAAGAAUCCAUAGGCAUCUAGGACUAUCGGCUUGACUAGCAAAAGCAAAGUCAAUCCCACCAAGUAUGUGGGGUGUGUAUAUUGGUUGAAGCAUGCAGUCUUUUUGGCGAACAAUUUCACUUGCAUUGGCCCAUCAUUUUACGCAGGCAGGUUCAGCUGCUGUCAAUGUUUUGAUCACUUAAGUAAAGGGACCCCUGACUAUUAGGUCCAGUCGUGGCCGACUCUGGGUUGCGGCGCUCAUCUCACUUUAUUGGCCGAGGGAGCCGGCGUACAGCUUCCGGGUCAUGUGGCCAGCAUGACUAAGCUGCUUCUGGCGAACCAGAGCAGCACACGGAAACGCCGUUUACCUUCCCACCAGAGCGGUACCUAUUUAUCUACUUGCACUUUGACGUGCUUUUGAACUGCUAGGUUGGCAGGAGCAGGGACUGAGCAACAGGAGCUCACCCUGUUGCGGGGAUUCGAACAGCUGACCUUCUGAUGGGCAAGUCCUAGGCUCUGUGGUUUAACCCACAGCGCUACCCGCGUCCCUUUGAUCACUUAGGCCAAGCCUUUUUUAUUUUUGAAGACAUUUGAUAGGUGACCAGUGCUUAUUGUUUUUAUCGACUACUCUUUCCGGUUUUGUAUAAUCUGAGGGCUGGAUUCAGCUAAAUAACUGUUCUAGUGGGAGCCAGCACAACAAGUCCCACUACUACAACAGGGCUUUCCUCCCUCCCCUACCCAUGCCACCCUCCUCCAUGACCCCCUCCACAUCAUCUCUGGGUUCAGCAGAGGGUGGGUCACCCCAUCAGUCAAGCAGACAUGCUUGCAUUGGUGUAUCAAUCUCCUUAAGCUCUACUUUGAGCUUCACCCUAAGGCUUGAUUUUAAUGCUGGUAAGCUUUUAAAUGCAAAGGGUUUAUUGAUUUGUAAACUGCUUUCAAUAUUACUGGGAUUUGUAAACUGCUUCGAAUACUAUUUUAUAAUAGGAAAGCAGUAUGUUGUUGUUUAGUCGUUUAGUCAUGUCCAACUCUUCGUGACCCCAUGGACCAGAGCACACCAGGCACUCCUGUCUUCCACUCCCUUCCACAGUUUGGUCAAACUCAUGUUUGUAGCUUCGAGAACACUGUCCAACCAUCUCACCCUCUGUCAUCCCCUUCUCCUUGUGCCCGCCAUCCUUCCCAACAUCAGGGUCUUUUCCAGGGAGUCUUCUCUUCUCGUGAGGUGGCCACAGUAUUGGAGCCUCAGCUUCAGGAUCUAUCCUCCCAGUGAGCACUCAGGACUGAUUUCCUUAAGCAUGGAUAGGUUUGAUCUUCUUGCAGUCCAUGGGACUCUCAAGAGUCUCCUCCAGCCCCAGGAAAGCAGUAUAUGAAUGUUUAAAUGAAACACAUGCAACUUUUGCAGGUUUGCCACAAGCUCUGAUGGAUCAGGGCACAGGUCUAGCAUUCAGCUGCCUCUUCAUUUAGUGUUUUCUUUUUAUUUCGUAUUGCAUGACUGGCUCUGAGUAGCAUCAACUUGCAGACCAUUUGAACCCACACCAAAAUCUCCUGUUAAAAAAAUAAAUCUGAAAAGAUGAAUAAAUUUCCCAGGUUAGGAUUUGACUGUGCAUGUUUUUCCUCCCCCUGCAGAUUCUGUUCCUUCGACCCAUUUUGGAAGCAUGGAACAAGCAACAGAAGAGCCAGCUGUAUCUCCCGUAGAUCCUGAAAGGUGCCAUAACCCUUUACACCCCUUAUGUUCCAGGGAGGAACCUAUAAUGUAGCCUAUUAUAAUAGCUGGGUGCCAAGUCCAGCUGAAUGCCAAGUCUAAUUGUAGUGAAGAGCCAGGGGCCAUCUUUCCCACCCAUGGCAAAAAUGUUACUGUAUAUUCAUUCAUUCUAGUCUACCUUUCUUUUUCUUUUCUUUUUUAUCUGCCAGCAUCUAUCUCUUUUUUUUAAUAUUAAAUUUUUAUUUCAAAACCAAAAAAAAAUUACAAACACCAAAUUCAAAAUCCAUAUUCAUUUUCUAACAUAAGCCUAUUACAUAGAUUACCUAAAUUAAAAUAUAUCCAAUUGCUCUAGGCUUCCCUUUGCUAUAUGUAAAUACAACGCAAUUAACAAAUUAUAUUAUAAAUGAUAUUAUAGGUUCCCAUAUACCCCUCACUCCCCUUCACCCAUGUGUGAUCUCAAUAUUUUACUUCUUCCAUCUUGUUGUGUUGUUUCUAAUCUACCUUUCUAUGACAACAAAAAAGCCUCAAGGCAGGAUAGAAAUAAAAUAAAUGCACGUUUACUUCAUUCUCAUACUGCUUGCAUGUGUCAUUAUGGCAAUGAAUUAGAAAGUGGAACAUAUCUCUCUUUAGAACCCAGCCUAGCAACACCGAUUUCCUGCUCCUGGUCAUGUGGAAAAUCCCAGUCUUCCUAGCUAUGUUGGCCGCUGUGGUUUGGGUGCAUGUGUGGUACAGAAAGACCAGAGGAAGCUCCAACCCCAAGGCUCCAGAGACUGAAGAAGAGCUUUAA